AUGGCAGCCAAAAUGGAGCUUGCACCUUUCAGAACGUGGGAUGAUUUCUAUCCGGGAACGGAGCGCUUCGCCAAACCAGAGUUUGGAGAUGUGGCAAAGUGGAAUAACAGAGUUGUCAGCAAUUUAAUGUACUACCAGACGAACUACUUCGCCGCGGCUGUGGUGGUUUUCCUCAUCGUUGGGUUCCUGAACCCACUUGGCAUGUUUCUUGGAGGAACUGUCGUGACCUUGGUAUUCAUGGGCUCCGUGUGGGCCGGAGAGAAUCAAGCCACCAUCAAGAACUUCAAGAGGAAGAACCCCACUCUGUUUGUAAUCGGCGUCAUGGUCACCAGUUACUUCCUGCUGUCGCUGUGCGGCGGUGUCAUGGUCUUCAUCUUUGGCAUCACCUUCCCUCUGCUGUUAAUCCUCAUCCAUGCCUCCCUGAGGCUGCGCAACAUGAAGAACAGGCUGGAGAACAAGAUGGAAGUUGUUGGGAUGAAGAAGACUCCGAUGGGCGUCAUCAUGGAUCUCUUGGAUCAGCAGGAGGAGAGAGUCAACAAAAUGCAGGAUUUUAUCGAGAGCAAACUGAAGCAGUAAGAUCGGAAGCAAAGGGAAGUCUGCUCCAUCAUCCCGCAUGCCACAAGUAGAAUCACAUUUGUACUUUUGGGCCCACCGCUCUUCCCGUUUGCUUUUAGUUAGAUGAGCACACUCCUUCAAAUGUGUACAAACGCUUUGCAUAAUCACAGUUGAAAGACAAAUGGCAGCAAAGGUUAGAGCAUUCCCAUGUCUGAGGAUUUAAAAAUACACUCAUCCCCUUGCUGAUUUUGGGCUUCUUUGGCACGCAGCUUGGGUCAUUUCAUCGUCGACUUCAUCGCGCUGGUUUGUCACGGGCAUUGCCGGUUUUUAUUUCAUAUCUAUAGUGAGAAACAUCGAUUGACUUCUUCAAAGCAAAGUUUCCAUUCUGUUACUUCAGGAGCCUUACAAAUACUGAUCCGAGGCCAAUGCGCUUCUGGUGUACAUGUGUUCUCACUCGUAAUCCUCAGUAUAAAUAGAACAAUUUUUCAGACUGUGUGACCGUGUGCUGAAAGCAAAGACUAGCUUGGGAGUCUCUCCGCCGAUCUUCCCUAUGCAAUCGAAAAGGAAUGGCUCUUUCAGCUUUGUUCAACUCUUUAUAUGUAUAGGUUUGCUGUUUGUGUCUAUUAUUUCGCCUAUAUUAUGAGUGCAAUGGCUGUAGGGUGCCCGCGAGUGCGUGUCGACUGCCCAGUUUGUGCACAAAGGCUUUCAGAUGGAUCUAACGUGUUGUCCUCUGUUACAUGUGACUUUUUCCAUGGUGUGAGCACAGAUCCAAAUAUUAAACAUGGCUGUCGAAACCAA